UUAUUGCCAAUAUUUUUAUUUUUCUUUUCCCUUCCCUUCACUUCUCUUACAAUUUUUAUUUUUUUUCUACACCCCCUUCCCUUCCUAUAUCCCUUAAAAUCCCUCAUUCUCGCCUGUCAAUAAAUGUGCGAACAACAAAACGAACGGCCAACCGCUCUCGUCAAAAAAAAUUUUUCUUCCCUUCUCCUUCCCCUCUUUUUUCCUUCUUUAAUUCUUUUUCUCCUUUUUUCUUUACUAUUUUCUCGUUUCCGUAAUCCAGUUUUUCUUUCCCUCUCAAAAAAAUAUUUUUCCUCAUUCCUCCCCUUCCCCUUAUCCCCCCUUCCUCUUAAAAAUAUUUUUUUUCUUCCCUUUCCUUGUAAAAAAUGUUGCCGUUGUUUUUAUUUUUUUAAAUUUUUCCACGGUUUUCGGUCUUUUCCCAUAAAUUUUAACUAA